AUACUUUGUUUAAAUUACGACAACCACAAAUUGAUGUCAACAGAAGACAGAAUGUCUGAAGAUAGCUGGACACCUUUAGCUAAAACCUACUGCCCAUUAAUGGCAGGUAGUAUUGACAGAACUGACACAGAACCACAUGAUCAUGGAAUCAUUAGAGCCCUAUCUUCCUCAUACAAACCAAACAAAGAUGUGGCAGGUGAUCCAAACCUGACUGUGUUUGUGUCUCGUUUGAACCCCAAAACUGAUGAGGAUACACUAGAAUCACAAUUUUCCUACUUUGGAGAGAUACAUAAAAUCAGAUUGGUGCGAGACAUUAUAACUGGGCAUUCCAGAGGUUAUGCUUUUGUGGAAUUCAAGGAGGGGCGGUCAGCUGUUCGAGCUGAGCGAGACGGACAUGGUAUGGAGAUAGACGGCCAUGAAGUUCUUGUCGACUUUGAACUGGAGCGCACCUUGCCAGGAUGGGUUCCUAGACGACUCGGGGGAGGUCUUGGUGGCAAAAAGGAAUCUGGUCAAUUGAGAUUUGGAUGUAAAGAUCGACCUUGGCGUAAACCAAUUUCAAUGCAAUCACUGCAUGCAAGAGAGAGUUUCGAUGAUGAAAGAAGUAAUGAUGGACAGAGGUCAAUGGACAGAAGAAGAGAUAGGCAAAGAAGACAUUCCAGGGAUAGAAGUCUAUCUCGGGAACAGUCCAGGAAUAGGGCACAAGAUAGAUCCCAUGACAGGUACAGGAAAAGGAGCCGAUCCUCAGACAGAAGGAGAAAAAGAAGUAGAUCCAAACACUAAAGACACUAAGGAAACACUAAAGGAAACUUAUCAUCAUGUCUGUGUAUCUGUAGAUUUCAUUUAUUGGUACUUAGCUUAUAACAUUUCAGAAAGCAAAAUAAAAUGAAAUUUUUUCUCAGUGCAACGAUUCUUUAAAAAAAAAAGAACUAUAUAUCCUUUCCAUUCGGUAGAUAAGACCCCUGUAGAGAGACAGUCACUACUUGACUAUGAAUUGUGAAAGUAUCCAGCUUAUCAAAA